UUGUGUUUUUUUUUUACUUUCUUCCCUUCUUUCUUUUUCCACCUUGUUUUCUCGGGGACCAAACACUUCGAACCCUAAAAAAAAAUACAGACGGUGUCCAUUUUCUCGGGAAACGACAAUCAAGGCAGGAAAAUAUCCCUAGAAAAUGCAGAGAUUGAAGCAGCAACAGCAACAACAAGCCCUGAUGCAGCAAGCUCUUCUCCAGCAGCAGUCUCUCUACCACCCGGGCCUUUUGGCCCCGCCUCAGAUAGAACCAAUCCCAAGUGGAAAUCUUCCCCCUGGUUUUGAUCCAAGUUCUUGCCGCAGUGUGUAUGUCGGCAAUAUCCAAAUCCAGGUGACGGAAGUUCUUCUUCAAGAGGUUUUUGCGAGCACUGGUCCUGUGGAAAGCUGCAAACUUAUUAGAAAGGAGAAGUCAUCUUAUGGGUUCGUUCACUAUUUUGAUCGAAGAUCUGCUGGCCUGGCAAUCCUUUCUCUCAACGGAAGGCAUUUGUUCGGGCAGCCUAUCAAGGUUAAUUGGGCUUAUGCGAGUGGCCAGAGGGAGGAUACAUCAAGUCACUUCAAUAUUUUUGUUGGGGAUCUGAGCGCGGAGGUUACUGAUGCAAUGCUGUUUGCUUGCUUUUCUGUUUACCCAAGUUGCUCGGAUGCAAGGGUUAUGUGGGAUCAAAAAACCGGCCGCUCAAGAGGAUUUGGAUUUGUUUCGUUCCGUAACCAACAGGAUGCCCAGAGUGCGAUAAAUGACUUAAAUGGGAAGUGGCUUGGUAACAGGCAGAUAAGAUGCAACUGGGCGGCAAAGGGAGCCAGUUCUAACGAGGACAAGCAGAAUUCUGACUCCAAAAGCAUUGUGGAAUUAACUAGUGGUGCAUCGGAGGAUGGUAAAGAGACAGCAGAUGCUGAUGCUCCGGAGAACAAUCCUCAGUACACAACAGUUUAUGUUGGCAAUCUUGCUCCAGAGGUAACUCAGCUUGACCUUCACCGUCACUUCCAUGCUCUUGGGGCUGGAAUCAUCGAGGAGGUUCGUGUCCAGAGAGACAAAGGCUUUGGGUUUGUGAGAUACAGUACUCAUGGCGAGGCGGCCCUCGCCAUUCAGAUGGGAAACACACAUUCGUACCUUGGUGGCAGGCAAAUUAAGUGCUCGUGGGGAAGCAAGCCGACUCCGCUGGGGACAGCAUCGAACCCGCUUCCACCGCCGGCUCCAGCAGCAGCAGCAGCAGCAAUGGCAGGAUUCUCGGCUAGUGAGCUAAUGGCCUACGAGAGGCAGCUGGCAAUGAGCAAGAUGGGGGGAGUGAACCCUCUGAUGCACCCGCAGGGUCAACACGCGUUCAAGCAGGCAGCAGCGGCGGCGGCGGCCAUGGCAGGAGCGACUGGUNNGAGCCAAGCCAUUUACGAUGGUGGGUACCAGAACGUUGCGGCCGCGCAGCAGCUCAUGUACUACCAGUAAUCCCCUUCCCCUUGCCUCUUUCCUUUCUUCUGCUGCUGAGUCUUUAUUAUUAUUAUUAUAAAAAUGUAAUGUUGGGUUUUGUCUUUUUUCAUGCCCUGUAAUCGUUUGUUAUAUGUAGUUUUGUGGGUUUUGUUUCGGUUUUACGCUCUUGUGAUUUUUGCCCUUUUCUGCCAAAGUACCCUUCUCUUUUAUGUUUCUGAUUUCUCACUCGCUCUUUUUUUUUUUGGGUAAUGUAUCAUCCAUAUUUGGUAUCGUUUAGUCAUUCAAAUGUAAAACGCCCUUUGUAAUUUUCUCAAUUGGUCA